AAGAGAGGCGCUCGCGUCCUGCGGAGCAGAUCUCGCUCUCAGUCGCUUUCUACUGAGGAGAAGGUUCACUCUCAUCUAUCGGCUUUCUCCAUUGUGACCCUUGACCAGUGAACCAAACAUGAAUGGAACGGAAGGUCCGAACUUCUACGUGCCCAUGUCCAACAGGACGGGUUUGGUGCGCAGCCCGUUUGAGGAGCCGCAGUACUACCUGGCAGAGCCGUGGAAGUACUCGCUCCUGGCGGCGUACAUGCUCUUCCUCAUCAUCACUGCAUUCCCCGUCAACUUCCUCACGCUCUACAUCACCGUGCAGCACAAGAAGCUGCGCACGCCCCUCAACUACAUCCUGCUCAAUCUGGCCGUGGCCGACCUGUUCAUGGUGGUGGGAGGCUUCACCGUCACCCUCUACACCUCCCUGCACGGAUACUUCGUCCUGGGGGUCACCGGCUGCAACAUCGAAGGCUUCUUCGCCACGCUGGGCGGUGAGAUCGCGCUGUGGUCUCUGGUGGUUUUGGCUGUCGAGCGUUAUAUUGUGGUGUGUAAACCAAUGACAACGUUUCGUUUCGGAGAGAAGCACGCCAUCGUGGGAGUGGGCUUCACCUGGGUCAUGGCCCUUACCUGCUGCGUGCCGCCCCUGCUGGGCUGGUCCAGGUAUAUUCCAGAGGGAAUGCAGUGCUCCUGUGGAAUAGAUUACUACACUCCCAAACCUGAGAUCAACAACACCUCGUUUGUCAUCUACAUGUUCAUCCUGCACUUCUCCAUCCCACUGCUCAUCAUCUUCUUCUGCUACAGUCGCCUUCUCUGCACUGUCCGUGCGGCCGCUGCUCAGCAGCAGGAAUCAGAGACGACCCAGAGGGCCGAACGGGAAGUGACACGUAUGGUGGUUGUCAUGGUGAUCUCAUUCUUAGUGUGCUGGGUGCCGUAUGCCAGCGUGGCCUGGUAUAUCUUUGGUAAUCAGGGGGCAGAGUUUGGUCCUGUAGUCAUGACAAUACCUGCUUUCUUUGCUAAGAGUGCAGCGCUUUACAACCCGGUCAUCUACAUCGUACUCAACAGACAGUUCAGGAACUGCAUGCUCACUACGGUCUGCUGUGGAAAGAACCCGUUUGGUGAGGAGGAGACCAGCAUGACGGCCUCCAGUAAGACUCAGUCCUCGGUGGUCUCGUCCAGUCAGGUGGCUCCCGCCUGACCGACAGCUGGACAAAUCCACCCAGCAGCCUCCUACAGGCCAAAUAUGUCACUCCACAUCUACUCGGCUUCCGCUCAUCCAGCCAACAACUACAUCUACUACUUCACACAU